GGGCCGCGCGUAUAUACGCGCUGCGCCCGCGCCGCCGCCGCAGUCCGCGACCCGCACUCCCUCGCUCCGACUCCUCGAACUUACGAACUCGUGAACUCACCCCUAAACGAUCCUAAACUUAGCCUUAGAGCUAGCCGCCCGCACUCGGCAAUAUGGUUCACGUGAAGUCCGUGGUGUUGUUGACGCUGGCGGUGCUGGGGCUCGCGGCCGCGACCCCGCGCAAGCACAACAAGCGCGAUGCGCCGCUGAGCUCGUCGUACCUGCCUCCGUCCAGCGGAGGGUUCGGUGGCGGCCGGCCCUCGUCCUCCUACGGCGCCCCACGCCCCUCUUCCAGCUACGGCGCCCCCAGCCGGCCCUCCUCCAGCUACGGAGCCCCGAAGCCGUCUAGCAGCUACGGCGCCCCCGCACCAUCCAGCUCCUACGGCGCGCCCGCCCCGUCGUCCAGUUACGGAGCCCCGGCACUUUCUUCGAGCUACGGAGCACCUUCAUCGAGCUACGGAGCUCCUCGUCCCUCGUCUAGCUACGGAGCGCCCAAGCCCUCCAGCUCGUACGGAGCCCCCGCCAGACCACCCGCGACUAGCUACGGCGUCCCCACCGGUCCUUCGACCACCUACGGCGCUCCCAAGCCCUCGAGCAGCUAUGGCGCCCCCGCCUCCCGCCCCUCUUCCAGCUACGGCGCGCCUAAACCGUCAAGCUCCUAUGGCGCCCCCGCCCCCUCUAGCUCCUACGGUGCCCCCGCUCCGUCCAGCUCCUACGGCGCCCCAGCACCUUCAAGCUCUUACGGCGCCCCGGCUCCCUCAAGCUCCUACGGCGCUCCUGCCCCCUCAAGCUCGUACGGUGCCCCCGCUCCUUCUAGCUCAUACGGUGCUCCAUCAUCUGCCCCGUCCAGCUCCUACGGCGCCCCGGCUCCGUCUAGCUCCUAUGGCGCCCCCGCUCCCUCAUCUUCCUACGGCGCCCCAUCGUCCGGAUCUGGCGGCUUCGGAGGUAGCGGAUACAGCGGCAGCGGCUUCGGCUCCAGCGGUUUCGGCGGCAGCGCUCCCUCUUCCAGCUACGGCGCCCCGUCCGCUCCCUCCAGCAGCUACGGCGCCCCCGCCGCCCCGUCCAGCUCAUACGGUGCGCCCAGCUCUGGCGGCUUCUCUGGUGGCUUCUCUUCUGGUUCUGGCUCUAGCGGAUUCUCGUCCGGCGGCUACUCGUCCGGUGGCUCCGGCGGCUACUCGUCCGGCGGUUCAGGCGGCUACUCGUCCGGCGGCGGAUCGGGCGGCUACUCGUCCGGCGGUUCCGGCGGCUACUCGUCCGGCGUGCCCGCCACCAUCAACCAAGGCUACGACUCCAACGGUGGCUACGUAUACUAGGUUUACAUCAUUCUCCAUACUGUGAAUUGGAAUAUAGUCAAUUUGUUAAGUUACCGUCUGUUUGCGAGUGGAAUUGGGAUAGUGGAAGGUGCAAUAUUUAGAGUAGAGGCCACGGAAUGUGUGAGUCUUCACGGCUCGAGACGGUCAGUACUUAU